CAUUUUAUUGGUCGCUGAAUAAUAAAAUAACAAUCAACUGUGACUCUAUUUCCUUGAUAUAGGAUGGCUUAUGAACAGUAUCCUGUUGCUGUGAGGAGUUUUAGCAGUGAAUAUGGACCACCUUAUUCAUCGAAUCAAGUUCUGAGAAAUGUUUGUGGUCAAAAAUCUGAUGCAUCUCAUUAUGGUGAUAAUCAGUAUGCUGCUGCAUUUCGUCGUUACGGUGAUUUUCAUCUACACCGUCCAUCUUACAUUGCGUUUCCCUGCUUGUUGUCUCCAAAAUGGUUUCCCUAUACCGACUUUAUGGAAUGCUCAUUUUCCCAGCCUGUCCUUGCAGUGUCUGUUCAAAUAUCUGAGAACUUUUUCCCAGGAUCAGUUAGAAGAAUUUUAGCAGCAAGACAUGGUUGCAUCGAAGAUAAAGGGGUUGCAAAACAUUGGCAAGUUCUUUGGCAGUAUAAUGAGUCAGCAGAAAAUUCAAAAUGUUGCUCUUUUGCUUACCACUUUCAUGUGAUAACUUUUCCAAAGACUUUGAUUCCAGUUGAUACCAUUCGGAUAGAAUUUGAUUUUACUGAGUCAAUUUAUUACUAUCAAUUGGAAGCAGUCAAAUUGAUAGGAGAGAAGUAUAUCGAAAGGCUGGACUGCGAUCCAAUGGAACACAAUUCAGAUGGGUUUGGAAACAGAUUUGAACAAUACAAGAUUUCUAAUGAGAUAACUUCUAAAAAUCUUAUGAAACAUACUCGUGAUGAUAUCAUUGACAUUGACUAUUCUUCUCCUAUUGUUUCAGUCUCAUCAGAUGAGUCUCAAGGCAUUGAUUCUCUACCAAGUGAAAUCCUCAUCAAAAUAUUGGGAUUUCUUGAUAUUGAUGAUCUUAGCCGUGCAACUCGUAUUAACAAAUUAUUUUACAACUUAUCGAAAGAUCCAGGUUUAUAUACUUGUAUCAAUCUACGCCCAUUCUACAGAUUCUUAGUAGAUGAAUCAAUAAUACAUAUUUCAAAGAAGUGUGCUGCCCUUCAAAAGCUAGACCUAUCUUGGUUGGGAUCGAAUAAUCAAAUUUCUACUCCUGCUUUAUGCACUUUCCUCAGAAACGUUCCUAAUAUAACUGAAUUGAGAGUGUCUUCCUGUCAAAUGCUAGCCUCUUCUGUUUUAGAGACUUUGGCAAUUUAUUGUUCAAAUCUUAAACUGUUAGACAUAUCAUAUUGUAGCAAUGGACUUCACUUAUGUGUAUCAUGGUUGACAAACUUAAAAAGAUUAAAGUAUCUGGACAUGGCACAUACCUUAAUUACAACUUCAGAGUUGUUGUGUUUGUUGGAUAAAAUGAAAAACCUUGAAUGGCUGCUACUUGGUUCACCGUCCCUUAUCGCUGACCAAGAUGCUGUGAUAAGUUCAAUCACUGAUAACUCAUGUGGUCCACUCAAAGGUAUUGAAUUGUGGUACUGGGAUAAAAUCAGUUUUAGCUUUAUUUCACAGUUUUUGUAUUGUCAUGGACGAACUUUAGUUCAGUUGGAUCUAGGCUGGUGUUUAAACAUUGGAGUAAAUGACAUUUUACCAAAUGUUGCAAGUGCUUGUCCUAAUCUUGUUGUUCUGCUCCUUACUGCUCACCACGAAACAACUGACGCUGGUUUAGUUGAUCUCUCUAAAGGAUGUUUGCUAUUGGAACAGCUUGACCUUCUUGGUUCGAGAAAUAUAACAUUGUCUUUUUUACAGACAUUGAUUAUGGCAUGUGAAAACCUCUCAUUUUUGGAUGUUUCGUAUUGUGCUAAACUAUCAAUUGAAGACGUUGCUAAUUUACAAACACUCAGCUCAAAUAUUUCUAUCAAACAUGUUCAAACUUAUCUACAUGAAUCCAAUUUUUUUCGUGAUAGUGACGAUAGAAGCUUUGUAGGGUUUUGACUCCGAAUGUCCCAACACCUAACAUUAUGGUUAAUGAGCGUUGAA